ACUGUAGUGACGUCAGCUCAAGUGAAAGAAGGAAGCAAAGCGCUCAGUGUGGAGCUGUCAGUAAAAGUAGUUGUAGCGACAGCAAGGGAAAGCCCAUAGAUAGAACAGUGUGUCCAGUUACAGUCUGACCGCCUCUCCUGCUCAGUGGCAAAAGACAGUUGGCGUGGAAAUACAUUGGAUUAAAUAGGCAUAUACAUUGGAUAGAGAGGAAUAACGUUGCUUUUUGACUAUGGCUGAUGUCACGCAAUUCAACGAGGGGACCGGGGACUUCGCGAAAGGGUUUGCUCGUAAAGGAGCUUUGAGGCAGAAGAACGUCCAUGAAGUGAAGGACCACAAAUUCACUGCAAGGUUCUUCAAGCAGCCGACUUUUUGUAGUCACUGCACCGACUUUAUCUGGGGAUUUGGAAAGCAAGGAUUCCAGUGCCAAGUUUGCUGUUUCGUGGUGCACAAGAGGUGCCAUGAGUUUGUCACGUUCUCUUGCCCCGGUGCGGAUAAGGGUCCCGACACAGACGACCCCAGAACCAAGCACAAGUUUAAGAUCCACACCUAUGGUAGCCCCACCUUCUGCGACCACUGUGGCUCUCUCCUGUAUGGUCUCAUCCACCAGGGGAUGAAGUGUGACACAUGCGACAUGAACGUGCACAAUCAGUGUGUGAUGAACGUGCCCAGCAUGUGCGGGACGGACCACACCGAGAGGAGGGGACGCCUCUUCCUGAAGUGUGACAUCACAGGGGACAAGCUGCAGGUCACAGUGGGCGAAGGGCGAAAUCUGAUCCCCAUGGACCCCAACGGCUCGUCUGACCCUUACGUCAAGCUCAAGCUCAUCCCAGACCCCAAGAAUGAGACCAAGAAGAAGACCAAGACCAUCCGCGCCAACCUCAACCCCACCUGGAAUGAGUCUUUCAUAUUCAAGCUGAAGCCUACAGACAAGGACCGCAGGCUGUCUGUGGAGGUGUGGGACUGGGACCGGACCACCAGGAACGACUUCAUGGGCUCCCUGUCCUUCGGCGUGUCAGAGCUGAUCAAAUCGCCUGUGUGUGGCUGGUACAAGAUGUUGAACCAAGAGGAGGGCGAGUACUACAACGUGCCCAUCUCAGAGGAGGAUGACGGAAACGAGGAGCUCCGACAGAAGUUUGAGGAUUGCCAAAUUAACUAUCACUUCCUAAAGGCAAAGGACAAAGCCAACCAAGUUCAGAAAGCCAAGCUGGGCCCUGGUACUAAGAAGGUGAUCGCUCCAUCAGAUGACAGCAGGUCCAAUCUGCCCUCUAACAACCUGGACUCUGUCAAACUCACCGACUUCAACUUCCUGGCCGUGCUGGGGAAAGGCAGCUUCGGCAAGGUGAUUCUGGCAGAGAUGAAGCCCACAGAGGAGUUGUACGCCAUCAAGAUCCUGAAGAAGGACGUGGUGAUCCAAGAUGAUGAUGUGGAGUGUACCAUGAUAGAGAAGAGAGUCCUGGCCCAGCAGGACAAACCACCCUUCCUCACCUCACUCCACUCCUGCUUCCAGACCGUGGACCGGCUGUACUUUGUCAUGGAGUAUGUGAAUGGGGGAGACCUCAUGUACCACAUCCAACAAGCGGGCAAGUUCAAAGAGCCACAGGCAGUGUUCUAUGCAGCAGAGAUCUCUGUUGGCCUGUUCUUCCUGCACAAGAAAGGAAUCAUUUACAGGGAUCUGAAGCUGGACAAUGUGAUGCUGGACUCGGAGGGCCACAUUAAGAUCGCUGAUUUUGGCAUGUGUAAAGAGAACAUAUACGAGGGAGUGACCACUCGCACCUUCUGUGGGACGCCCGACUACAUCGCCCCAGAGAUUAUUGCAUACCAGCCAUACGGGCUAUCAGUGGAUUGGUGGGCAUAUGGAGUGCUGCUCUAUGAAAUGUUGGCAGGACAGCCCCCGUUUGAUGGUGAGGAUGAGGACGAGCUCUUCCAGUCCAUCAUGGAGCACAACGUGUCGUACCCCAAGCAAAUGUCCAAAGAGGCCGUGUCCAUCUGCAAAGGGCUGAUGACCAAACACCCGUCGAAGCGUCUGGGCUGCGGCUCCGAGGGAGAGAGGGACAUCCGGGAGCACGCCUUCUUCAGACGCAUCGAUUGGGAACGUCUCCAGAACCGCGAGAUCCAACCUCCCUUCAAGCCCAAAGGGUGCGGCAAAGGGGCGGAGAACUUCGACAAGUUCUUCACGCGCACCCAGCCCCAGCUCACGCCCCCCGACCAGCUGGUCAUCGCCAACAUCGACCAGGCUGACUUCUCAGGCUUCUCCUUCAUCAACCCCCAGUUCAUGCACCCCUCCCUGGUCUCCCUGCACACCGUAUGAGGUGGAGGGGGGGGGACCACGGACCCCCCUUCCUACCUCCGCUACCUACCUAGUACUAACCUUCCACCAACUGCAGCUUCUUCAAGCCAAACUCCCAACCACCAAACUGGUCCAACUUUACAACAACGUGGACGCUGAUAUCGACCACCAUUUUGAGUUCCUCUAUCAAUGUAUUAAUGAUGUGUCCUAUAGGAAUGGGACUUGGGGCUCUGAGUGAGAGGAGUUGGUGAGUGGAAGUGCUGUGUGUUAAUGGUGAGGGGGAGGAUGAAGGUUUGAGGAAGGAGGUGUAUGUAGGGUUGAUAUACUUUCCCACCCACCUGUUGUGUUUGUAUUCGAAUGGGCAAUUAUUUUAAAUCAACUCCUAUUGAAAUGAAUCAUGAUAGGUAUUGAGAUGAAUCAUGAUCGGUAUUGAAAUGACUGACCUGUUGUUUUGAAUGUGUGGGGACAAAACCCAUGAAACAAUGCCAGUUUUUUUAAACUGAUUCUAGAGCGAAGGGUUAACUUCUUGUUAAACCCUGUACUGGCUAUACUAGUCUCCAUUGAAACCCAAGGAAACUACAAAUGUAAUCUCUUGUUUUGAGCUAUUGGGUAAGAGUUUGAGCCAAAUAUGAGGUCAGUACAGGGAGACUCUGUUUACAGUCUUACCUUGUGUUGGUGAGAUUUUAUUUCAAUAUGUGUCAUAACAGGUGCCCCUAUGUUUCAAUAUGCAUCAAAUAGUACACACCCAGUACGAAUAUCAUGACACACUAACAAUAACACGCACAUACAGAUGUAGGCUCUUCAUUUGAUCACCCUAUUGCAGGAAAACUUUCCUUUAAAAAGUACACACAAAUUACAGUUACACAGGGAUAUCUUGAACCUUGAACUCCAGGUUGUAUGGUUAUCUUGUCAUUAGGUUUACAACUGUGAGUGGACAUUCAGACAGAACGCAGUAGGCAGUGCAACAGUCCCAUCUUCUUUAAACACCUACACAAGAAUCGCAGGUUAAUAGAAGUAUAAAGGUCGAGAUCAAGUAACACUACUUUGUGACAACCUUUUUACUAUCCUCCCAACUUUGUUGUCACUGUUUGCCCACUUAUCAAAACUGGCCAUGAUUCUCUUUGACGUGAGGAAGUCCUUCAAAGUUAAGUUCCUGAGGGAAAAUUCUUUAGGAUUUAGGAAAGAAAUGACCUAGAACUCUGUUUUUUGUUUGUUUGAGAGGUAGCAACUAAAUGAAAUUGAUGUUGAGUUAUUGUUUGCUUACUCUAUGAACCGUGCAAUAUUAUAUUGCAUGCUUAUACCCUUCUACAUGGAUAUAACACCAUUCUAACCAUGUUGACUAGAGUAUCACGUUAUUAAAACGUUUAGUUCCCUUUUCUGCUUUAAUGUGAUGUCAUGCAUUCCCCCCCCCCUCCCCCAAUUAGUUCUAAUUAAUAUUUUAAUGUAACACAGUGUAUUAACUCUUUUGUAAAUAUUCAUGAGUGAUUUAAAAAAAAAAAGUAUAGUAUCUCGCAGUUUUUAUACCAACAACUGAAUGUGAUUUUAUUACGUUAGAUAGGUUAACAUAUUUAUAUGUAAAAAAAAAAAAUUAAAAGUACCCCAAAAUAUCAACUUUGUAACGAUUAGGUAAUAAAGUCGGUCGGGAUUAGCAAACCGAGAGAAACAUCUGGAUGUCUUUGCAGAUAUUAUCAAGCGUUUUCCGUUUGCUCUCGUCUCAGUCGCACGUAUCCGAUGUUCUUGAAUGCGAUCGCUGAGUGAGUUGACUGAAUGUGUGCCUGGCUCUUGUAUCUGCAUGUUGUUGGUAAGGAUGAAAAAAACGUGAUCAUGAUAUAAAUGCUGCAUGAUACUCAGUACCAGUAACCAGGCCACUGGUCAGACAGCAAGGAGUCUCCGCCCAAACACAGAUCCAGGAUCAGCUGAACCUAAGCCAUUCACAAUCAGGAGACUAUGGGCAAACCUGACUCCAGAUAUGCGGUUAGGGGAACUCUUAAAGACGUCUCUGUACUAGACCAGCGGGACAACUUGCUCUCUAGUGUGAAGGGGUUUUGUUUCUUCUUAUCGUUAGUGUUUGUUCCUAUAAAAAAAUUACAAUUGACCUAAUUUUUUUUUGUUGUUUUUUGGGGGGUUUUAGAUUCUGCUCAAGUAAUUCAGGAAUGUUUCUCGGAAUUAUCACCAUAGCAAUUCAUAUCUUCACAUCGAACUGUUGAUGGAUUCAUACAAUUCCCUCGACUUUUGCUCCUCUAAACCUUUUCCUAACCUUGUAACUGUGCCAAUCCUGAAAUAGCCAGAACCCGACAAUAGCAGCGUUGCACUAGCUGUAGUCAUACCAAUGACGCGUCAUUACCGAAGUCUUGUCAGUACCAAAAUCUGGUCAAUACACAUGUUUUGUCAAUACCGAUGAGUACAGAAGUCUCUCCCUGGUAGACUCUUAGUGAUUAGUCCAAGAGAGUGUGCCAACGCCACAUAUCACAACGUAUGUCCGACCCAUGUGCUUCUCGCUGAAAAUAUGUAGCUAAGGGAAUGCUAAUUCAAAUAAUGUCGACUUGGUUCUGAUGCCAGUCAAUUUGGCAGUCGUUUCUUGUAGUUUAUUUGUAUUUUUAUGUCACGUUAGUAGCCUACACCUCCGUGUGCGUUUACCUUUGUGCUUUAUAGCCGGACAGCAGUAUGACGCUUCUGCUAUACCAUGCCUGCUUACCCCUUACCUUACCUCUCUGUGCCUAUCAGUCAGUGUGUGUGUUUACAUGUACGUGUGUGAGAGAGAAGGAAGGAAAGCAUAAAUGGGUGGUUGAUGAGUGAUUGGGUGAAUAAAUGAGUGUGUGUGGUUGAGUGAAUAAUUGGUCAGUGAACAACCCCGUUCCUCCUAUUGGCCUGUUAAACCCCCUGUCUGGGUAGCUCAUCUCCUCUGUUCAUCCUUCCAUUCCUCCCCCCUUUCUCAGUGCCUGGGCAAUCGAUCCAUUCUCUUAUUGACAAAGCCCUCAUCCCUUCUCCUUCAAGAUCCAAUCAGUUCAUGAAAGCAGUUUUGUGUGAGAAACUCACCUGCCCCUUCCCAUCCUCCCAAAACACACUGGGGAGAGAAUUGGCCAAAUAUGUUCGUUUUCACCUUCGUUUACAUCCUGUGUUAUAUUUUCCUUUGCCUUAGCUCCUACGUGUGCAUCCCAAAUGGCACCCUAUUCCCCAUACAUUGCACUACUUUUGUCCAUAGGCCCUAGUCAAAAGUAGCACACUAUAUAGGGAAUAGGAUGCCAUUUGAGAAACAGUCAGUCUCUAAACUCUCCCCCAGUCUCUGAUGAUUCAUGUCCAAACCAAGCGCUUCUUCUGUCCCUGUACAUAAUGAUUUAGAUAUCUACAUAGACUUGUAAAAGAAAGAAUAUAUUGUAUUUUGCAAAUGGUGUAUGUUCGUCCUCCCCAAAACCCUUUGAAAGCGAGUCUGGGCUACUUACCUUGUAAUCAAUAGUGUCAUUUGUACCUACUGUAUGAUAAUGCAUAUAAAAAAUACAAAUAAUGGC